AUGUGUUGUUUUCUUAAUUGUUAUAAGCAACCUGUAGCAAAAGCUCCUGAAGAGAAAGCUCCCAAGAAACCUGCAGCUAAAGUUACCGAAAAGAAAAGGAAAGCUGUUGAAGUUGCUAAAGAAGAACCCCUUGAUCCUGUUGCCGAGAAACUUGGCCAACAAAGGCUUGUUGAAGAAGCUGAUUACAAGCCCACCACUGAACUUUUUGCCAAGAAAGGAGACGAUAAGACUCUUGAUAAUUUUAUCCCCAAAUCUGAGAGUGACUUUUUGGAAUACGCGGAGCUUAUUUCUCAUAAGCUACGCCCAUAUGAGAAAAGUUACCAUUAUAUUGCACUACUAAAGGCAGUGAUAAGACUAUCAGUGACUUCCUUGAAAGCAGCUGAUACUAAAGAUAUAGCGUCUUCAAUCACAGCAAUUGCAAAUGAAAAGUUGAAAGCAGAGAAAGAAGCCACAAGUAAAAAGAAGACAGGUGGCAAGAAAAAACAGCUCCAUGUUGAUAAACCAGAUGAUGAUUUGGUUGUUAACGCUUAUGAUGAUAAAGACGAGUAUGACUUUAUGUGAUUCAUUUGGGCCAUAUACCACCAUGUUGUAGUGUUUGCAUAGGGAUCUCUUGUUUACUGCAGCAG